CGUUACAAUAACAGCUGUGUGAGCUAUCAUUCCAUAUAGAUCACAGCAUUACAUGCAGAACUAGUUAGAGGAUCAAAGCUUUGAGUCAGGCGCGGUUCUAUUGGCUGGUGGAAGCUCCUCUCCUUGGCAACGCUGCUUGGGCAACGUUCCAAUUAGAAGAGCUUCUGCCCCCUGCGCUUAGCUUAAAAUUCUGGAGGGCGGGGCCUAAGAUGAUUGACACGUCAGUUGCACCUCUCAGCCAAUAGAGUUUUGAGGAAAGGUUUGUACUGAAGAGGGUGAAAGUCGGGCAGGCGUGUAGUGAAAGGACGGGCGAGAUUUAAAUCCUGUCGUUCUGGGCGGAUUUCAUAAACUGAUACAAGUGUAACCGAGCUCUCUGUCGGGAAUAUUUAAAAUAUGUGGCAUGCCCAGAUUUUAUGUUGAGGUAGUACAGACGCUAAAAGACGCUAAAGCAGAAGGUAGUAACGGACGCAAGCUUUACUUUUAUGUGUAAACGGUAACAUUGUAGUGUGCGCUUCGGCUUGUUAUUAGAGGCUAACUCGACGUGGCUACAAACUUGGAGUCUUUUUUUGUGCUGGAAAUUGAGCGGGACAAUAAAAACUUAGAGUUCACCUCUUCCAGCGACUCAGCAUGUCGAAAGAAAACAGCGACCCUAUUAACAGCAUUGAAUUCAUCAAAGAUCAGCUGUAUUUCGCUAUCCUCAAUCAGAAGAUCAGGAGCACCCCUGAAAGACACUGUUUCUGCAUAGAUGAGGAACUCUCCUAUGAGAACUUUUAUGCGGACUUUGGACCCCUCAACCUGGCUAUGUUUUAUCGCUUCUGUUGCAAACUGACCAAGAAGCUCAAGUCUGUGACACAUGCCAGAAAGAAGAUUGUGUUCUUUACCUGUGGGGACAAAAAGAAACAAGCAAAUGCUGCCUAUUUAAUAGGAUCAUAUGCUGUGAUGCAUCUCCAGAAAACACCAGAGGAAGCAUACAGCCUACUAGUCUCCAGAAACGCCACUUAUCUUCCUUUCCGAGAUGCUUCAUUUGGAACUUGCAUGUACAAUCUGAAUAUCCUUGAUUGUUUACGUGCAGUGCACAAGGCGCUGCAGUUUGGCUGGCUAGAUUUCUCCAACUUUGAUGUGGAGGAAUAUGAGCAUUAUGAGAGAGCUGAAAAUGGAGAUUUCAACUGGAUUAUUCCAGGAAAAUUUUUGGCCUUUAGUGGUCCACAUCCAAAGAGCAAAAUUGAGAACGGUUAUCCUCUCCAUGCUCCUGAGGCCUACUUCCCAUAUUUCAGGAAGCACAACGUCACCACUGUCAUACGCCUGAACAAAAAAAUGUAUGAUGCCAAACGGUUCACAGAUAUGGGUUUUGACCACCACGACCUGUUCUUUGUUGAUGGGAGCACACCUAACGAUGCCAUAGUCAAAAAGUUCAUGAACAUCUGCGAAAAUGCGGAUGGUGCCAUAGCUGUUCACUGUAAAGCUGGCCUGGGUCGCACUGGAACGUUAAUAGGUUGCUACCUGAUGAAGCACUUUAAACUGACUGCAGCCGAGGCCAUCGCCUGGAUCAGAAUCUGCCGGCCCGGCUCGGUGAUCGGACCUCAGCAGAACUUUAUUGAGGAUAAGCAGUCCAAUCUAUGGAUGGAGGGCGAUCUGUAUCGGCAGAAGCAAUGUGAACAGGAAAAUGGCAUAAACAAAGCAGCAGUCACAGGAAUACUGUCAGGAGUAGAUGACAUCUCCAUCAAUGGGACAAAUAAGAACAGUGCACCAAGAAAAACUGAAAUGUAUAAUGAUGGAGAGGAGGAGCACAACGGCCUCACUCAGGGUGACAAACUGCGGGCACUGAAGAGCAAGCGGCAAUCCAGAGCAUCCACAGGUUCUUUAUCGGUCAUUCUGCAAUCAAGUGCACAGAGUUGUAAAUCUGUAAAAUCUCAGAGUCCCUCGGAUAAUGAGGAUGUUAGAAAACGAACCAGAACCUCACUAGGCUCCAACAGAGAGAGCAGCCUGUUAUUACAUUCCAGACUUGCACAGUCUUUAGGCAAUUUGCCUGUGUUGGCCAAUGAAAAGAACCAUGAGUUGUGUGAAGUUAACUCAAUGGCUACAGAUAGAAUGAGCAAGAAAUCAAACAUAAGGCGCAUAAUCCCAAUCAACAGUGAGCCACUUGGUCCUUCUAUUCCUUCGUCAACCGAGUCAUUUGUUCACAGCCUGAGUAUCAACGUAAAGAACUGUGUCCAGAGGAAGGAAAAAGCUGCACUCUUUGCAAUCAUUGCGCUUUACAAGACUAUGUCCUGCAGUCCCUAAAGCUAGAGCACCUCUACUGCGUUAAAUGGAUGGUUUUGGAAAACAUGAGUGCAAGUAACUUCAGAAAACGUGGAUUUUUUUUUUCUUUUAUUCAUUUUUUUUUAUAUAUUAUUCCUGUAAAGUAUCAAAACAGUCUACUUUGAUCAAAAAACAGAUUGUAUUGACAGGCUUGAAUAAUUUUAUCUACAAAAGACAUUUUAUGUUUGUACAGAAAUGUCAGAAACAAUGGGGGAUUUGUAAUGCAAAUGUUAUGUGAAAUAAGAUUUUUUUUUUUCUAUUUUAACAUUAGAAUCAUGAGUCAAAGUCCUGGUAGAAUGUAGCCUUGUCAUUAGUAUCCUUUCUUACUAAUGUUUCUGCAAGUUGGUUACCUCUGUGCCCUGCUAAAAUCUGAAGGCUAUUGUGAGACUUUUUCGUUUAACAAUCUUUGUUCCACAGUUGAGUGCUGUGUGUAUAUAUAUGAAUAUUUGAUACAUCUGAAACACCUGUUGUACAUUUAUACCUGUAAAUACUGUAAUAACUUUUGGUUUAUUCAUGUCCAAUUAUACUUCCUAUUUCCUGAGUACAUUUAUAUAUCAUGUACUAUAAAGCUUGGUUUGUAAAGGA